CAUGGAAUGAACGACUUCCAGCUUUUCGUAAUGCCCAGUUUUAUGGACGAUAACUCUAAUCAUCACUACGAUAACAGAAACAGCCCACUAAGUACAUAGUUUCUUGUAAAAUACACGAGCAGCUAAAAAGAUGUCAUCGCAAAGUAUACCCGUGAAAAAGGCAGAUAUGCAUGUUCCAGCUAUGGAAGAAGUUGCGAAAGUAUUGACUGAUGGUUUAGAGAAGAAUUUCUCAACAGUCAGUGUGAAUGUUGUGGAUUGUCCUGAUCUGACACAGAAACCUUAUGGGCUUUCAGCACCAGGUUUGAAUGGAAACCCUAGGCUUGCUGACAUUGGUGGACCUCCCUAUCUGACACCAUUGCCACAACUUAACAAGGUCUAUACAUUUACUCAGAUUUCUGAGUUGGUAGAUUUACCUGGAGCAUUUAUGAUUGGAGCAGGAGCAGGGCCUCAUAGACAUAUUGGAUGUUGUUGUGAGCUAAUUAAUGAUGUAAAGUUGGACAAGUCUGGAAAUGUUGCUGUUAUGAAUUCACACAUUGCCAAAGUUAGCACAGAGGAUGGAGGGUGUAUCCAAGAGACACUGACCAAAAAUGAAUUUUCUUUGAUGGGAAAUUUUUUAUGUUGUGAUGGUAACCCAGGAAAGGUGAUAGAAGUAAAGGCUAGUAAGAGAACUGGAGAAGAAAACUUUAUGUCAUGUAUUAGAAAGGUCCUGGGCAGUUAUUAUGGAACCAAACCUGUGGCACUAGGGGGCGUCUUUCUGGUGGAGAAGGGGAAAGCUAACCUCCAUAUUAUGCCUGAUUUUUCUAAAACACCACUGACUACUCAAGAGCAAGUUGGUAAAUGGCUGAAGUUUUAUGAAAUGGACAGUCCAUUAGUUUGUCUUGGAGAACUUGUGUCACAUGACCCAGGUAUGGAUUUACGAGUUGAACAUUUCCAUUGUUAUAGUGAACAUGGUCAGGGUGGACAUUACCAUAAUGACACAACACCAAAUGAAGUAGAAUACCGUGGAUAUUUUAUACUAGCAGACUACGUAUACCGGGUAGAUCAACCUCCUCAGUCAACAGAAUUAGCACGAUAAUGACUUGGCUUAGAAUACUGUGGAUUCAUUUAUUUUCGUGGGUGUCAAUUUUCGAGGAUUGAGGAAAACUUGCAUAUUCAUGGAUAUUUUAUUUCGUGGUUUUGUCAAUCUGUGCACACAAAGUCAUAGAAAAUUUGUGAUUCAUGGUUCUCUUGUACCCACGAAACCCACGAAAAUUGGUAUCCAACAAAUAAUAAUGAAUCCACAGUAGUCAUGUUAUUUUAUAGUGAAACCUUGUUAUAGUACAAAUAAACUUUGUUAAUGUUGCUGUCAAGAAGUUUUGUGAGAAGUAGAAGACCAGAAGUUUUAUUAGACCUCAAUAGCUUUACGCAUUUCAUUAU